AUGGAGGCCAAACAAUCCAGCUCGGCGUUAUUCGACGUCUUCCUCCGCUUGCGCCCAUCGAACGCCCUUGACCGCGAACGCUUCCUCGACGUCGAACAGCUCGGACAGGGUUAUGCGCCGACACACAUCACCAUUCGUCCACCGGCAGACGACAAGCGCAAACGAGCAAUCGAGAAGUUCGCUUUCACCAGAGUGUUCGAAGAGCAUGCCGGUCAACGAGAGUUGUUCGAACGGACCGGUGCCGUGAAUCUGCUUGAAGGUGUGCUGGGAGCCAAGGGACGAGAAGGUAGAGACGGACUGCUUGCGACAUUAGGUGUCACCGGCAGCGGAAAGAGCCAUACGGUCCUGGGUUCUCGCUCACAGCGAGGUCUCCUGCAACUGACGCUCGAUCUAUUGUUUCAACACACCGGACCCCGUCUCGUCGACAUCGAUACAAGCCUCACAGCCUUUCAAUCACUGUGUGCAGCGGACGUUGCAGAGUCUCAACUGUUCUCUGCCGCAACCUUCCUGGACUCUCUCUACGCGGACAACUGUGCUCCGUCGAGAGGAGCAACGCCUGCACCACGUGGCGCUACUCCAGCAAGAGGAGCUACACCUGCUCUGGAAACAUCCUUCCUCUCCGCGCCACGACGAAAUGCUCCGCGAAUGUCGAAUCUCCCGACGUACCCGCCGAUCGACGACCUCCUGGUGGACGUCGAUGACACGGCAGAAUACGCGCUGGUCGUCAGCAUGUAUGAAGUCCACAACGAUCGCAUCUUUGAUCUGCUCUCUUCUCCGACAUCCGUGCCCGGCAGGACCCAACAGCAGAAGCCUCGUCGAGCGUUGCUGUUCAAGAGCACUGAGCAGUCGCCAGACCGCAAGGUUGUGGCUGGACUCAAGAAGGUGGUCUGCUCCGACCUCGAAGAAGCCCUGCUCGUACUCGAGACUGGCCUUCAGGAACGAAGAGUAGCUGGUACCGGCAGCAAUGCUGCAAGUUCACGAUCCCACGGCUUCUUCUGCAUCGAAGUCAAGAAGCGCCACCGCGGCUCCAUUCCAGGCCCGUGGAGCAGCAGCACGCUCACCAUCGUCGACCUGGCUGGUUCAGAACGCGCAAGGACAGCGAAGACAGCCGGCGCUACGCUUGCAGAAGCUGGCAAGAUCAACGAAAGUCUGAUGUACUUGGGCCAGUGCAUGCAAAUGCAAUCUGAUAACGCCACGGCCACGACGCCAAAUCUGGUGCCCUACCGGCAGUGCAAGCUCACGGAAUUACUAUUCAGCAACAGCUUCGCGCACCACCCACCAGGCCAAGCAGCGAGCAAGGCACCGCAGAAAGCCAUUAUGGUUGUUACGGCCGACCCAUUAGGCGACUUCAACGCCACGAGCCAGAUACUGCGGUACUCUGCCCUGGCACGGGAAGUAACCGUUCCACGCAUUCCAUCCGUCACUAGCACGAUCCAGGCUGGUCCGACCACACGCUCCUACUUCUCCGGCAGCGGCCGUACCACACCUUCAGCACUCAAUGAGGAGCUGGAGCACGCUCUGCAGGAAGUCGCACGCUUACGAGAGGAACUAGAAGUCACGCAGUUCAAGCUCGAAGAAGAAACCCACCGCCGUCUCGCCACAGAGGUGAGCUGGAAAGUCGCGGAAAGCAGGAUCGAAGAAGUCGAAGCAGAAGUCCGAGAAGAAGUGUGGGCAGAGAUGGAAGAGAAAAUGGCGCUGGAGCAGAAGCGGUGGCGAGCUGCGAGGGACGCGGAGAUGGAUGCGCAAGAAGAGCAUCUAGAUCGCAAGGUAGAGAUCUUGACGAGAGGAAUUACAAUCUGGGAGGAUGAGGAGGCGGAUAAGGAGAAUAUUGAGCAUGUAGGUCUCGAGGAUGGGAGGAUGGAGGAGUUGGAGGAUGAGAAUGUGAAGUUGAGAGAGCGGCUGGCGACGAUGGAGCGGGAGAAUGAGGGGAUGAGGAGUCCGAGUAAGAAGAUCAGGACGUUGAAGACGAGGAAGUGGACGGGAAGUGGGAUGGGGCUGGAGGAUGUUUGA